AUGUCACGAAACACGCAGAGCGAAGCGACUCGAAAGCGCAAGAGGACUCGUACUGGAGACGAAGUCGUCGUCGCCGUCGAAAUACCCAACACUCCAUACCAGCAAACCCCGACCCGAGCUACCCUCAGCCCCAGCCCUUCGACUCCCUCCCCGCUGCGAACUAUUCGCAACGGCUCAUCGUCGCCACCUCCCUCACCCAUUUCUUCGUUCCUCCAAAACAAUACCGAGUCUACGAAGACUACAGGAGUCCCCACCAAGAAGCAGUACCAUCCUGUCCCAACGGACUUCCCCCGGGGUCCCGAUCUAGCUCUCACUGUUAACCAGCUUCGGCAAGCCUUCUACUUCUCGCCCGAAGACCGACACGACAUCGACCCAGAAGGAAAGAUCUGGCACCGCAAUCACGGUGCCAUCCUUCGACGCAAGUGGGAUGAACAUAUCUUCGAGAGAUCGAGUGAGGUGGACCCCGAGCUCGAGGGAACACCAUAUGGCUUGCCGGUGUGGGUGAUGCGGAGCAAUCUGGGUGCCAACUGGAUUGAUCGCGCGAUGGAAUUCGAAAACCCAAUGGAGUCGGAUCCUGAGAGCUCGCUUGCCCCAGACGACUCUUUUGAGUCGUUGCUCCUUGCUCCGAGUGGCUCUGCCCCAACGGAGACUCAGAAGAUGUUCCGUAGCGUCCCAGCCGACUUUCCUCGCGGCCACAACUUGGAACUCACGCCCGAUGAAUUGCGCAAGGAAUCUACUUAG